GUGUGAAAGGUAAAGUAAUGCCUUUCGUUACAAACGUAACGCACUUUACAAUUAGCUGUUCUUCGACUCCAUCCAGGGUCAUCCGGAACUGAUAUACCGGUUGUAUCAUCUUCACCGACAUAUCUGAGUGCGCGACCCAUCAUGACCUAAUUUAAAUAUGUCUUGACGAGAGUACUGAGUGAAAUGGAAGUGAACCGACACCAUACAACAGCCGUAUUUGUAGAAUUGUUGUUAAUCAAGUCCAGUCAGUCGUCAACUACGGACGAGACAGGUCCACGAAGGUGACCAUCUCAACCAACCCGUGUUUUAAGUAUUCACGUUUUUUUUUCAGACAGUUUCUCUUCCUACCGCAGGAAAAUUCGCGAGUGACGCGUCUCAAAUGUUCCACCUACGGUUCGCUCUUUGAAAUUGGAUCGGAUAUAACCAUCACACACCGCCUGUUUCGAAUAUCUGAGGUUACCAUGAUGACGACCUAUCCUGUAUUAUUUAUAUCAUGCCUUGCAUUAUUUGUACAUGGUGGACCACUUAUAAUGAACAUGGACGACCCUGUAAAGGACAAAUAUACGGACAAUUGGGAUUAUAGAGUGAAGCAGAACAAUGUGCCUGUGUUGAAUAAUACAGGAAAAAUCCACCAAAUGCCCCCUAAAGACUACGAUACUAGCAGGCUCCUAUGGGAACUCGAAAAUGACCAAAAAACAAAUCUGCCAAUGUUUGUGGACAAAGCCUUGAAAUUACUGAAUUUGAAACAGGUGGCUUUCGAAAUAGAAAACUCAGUAUUAUCCAAAGUAUCCUGUUCUGCAUGUAAAGCAGGAGCAGGACUGCUGCAACAUUACACAAGAACUGGAAAAUCGGAAAAAGAGAUUAAGAAGACGAUCUACCAGUUUUGCGUGAAUCUCAAGAUUCAAACACCAAGAGUUUGCGAAGGUAUUACGGAACUCUUUGCAGGAGAAGUGCUCUAUGUACUCGGAAGAGUUAACAUUGGUCCUGAUGAAAUCUGCAGUUUCGUCAUUGGUGAUGCUUGUGGUGAUGUUUAUAAUCCUGUUCACGAGUGGAAUGUGAUGUUCCCUCCGGUACCAAAGCCAGAAGUUGUCGAACCUAAAAUACCAGAGUCGAAUGCUCCUUCCUUCAAGGUUCUACACUUAUCGGAUACCCACUUCGAUCCAUAUUAUAUGGAAGGUAGUAAUGCCAAUUGUGCGGAACCUCUAUGCUGCAGGUUAACCAAUGGGUUAGCUUCUUCCAAAGAAGAAGCAGCUGGAAAGUGGGGAGAUUACAGAAAAUGUGAUACACCUAAAAUAACAGUAGACAACAUGUUACAACACAUCCAAGAAACCCAUCCAGAUAUCGAUUAUAUAUUAUGGACUGGUGAUUUACCACCUCACGAUAUAUGGAACCAAACGAAAGAUGAAAAUCUGAAGAUAAUCAAGGAAACAGUCAAGCAGAUGUAUGCAACCUUUCCUAAUAUUCCAAUUUUUCCUGCCCUUGGAAAUCAUGAAUCUGCCCCAGUUAACAGUUUUCCACCUCCAUUCAUAGAUGCACCGAAUAUUUCCAUAGCUUGGCUAUACGAUGAAUUAGAUGUCCAGUGGCGUAAAUGGUUGCCUAGCUCAGUCAGUAACACUGUCAGAAGGGGUGCUUUUUAUUCAGUAUUAGUGAGACCUGGAUUCAGACUUAUUUCAUUGAAUAUGAACUACUGUAACAAUAAAGAUUGGUGGCUCUUGCUGAAUAGUACCGACCCAGCAACUGAACUGCAGUGGUUCAUUUAUGAACUUCAAUCUGCAGAAUUCAACGGUGAAAAAGUUCACGUGAUAGGUCACAUUCCCCCAGGGCAUUCUGACUGUCUGAAGGUGUGGUCCAGAAAUUAUUAUUCCAUAAUCAGCAGAUAUGAAUCGACCAUCACUGCUCAGUUCUUCGGCCAUACGCAUUAUGACGAAUUCGAAGUAUUUUAUGAUCAUAAGGAUUUGAGUAGAGCAUCUAGUAUUGCUUAUGUUGGUCCUUCGGUAUCUCCAUAUUAUGAUUUGAAUCCAGGAUACAGAAUAUAUUACGUUGAUGGAGAUCACGAUCAUACUACCAGGGGUGUCAUUGAUCAUGAAACGUGGACGAUGAAUCUGAGGGAAGCUAAUUUGUACGGUUAUCCUAUAUGGUUCAAAUUAUACAGUGCUAGGCAGGCCUUUGGAAUGGACAGUUUAAGGCCUCAAGACUGGGACGAUUUGGUAGUAAAAAUGAGUAACGAUCCCAAACUUUUUGAACUAUUUUACAAAUACUAUUACAAAGCCAGUCCUGUGAGACCCAGCUGUGACACCUCGUGCAAAAAGAAAAUUUUAUGCGAUUUGAAAUCUGGAAGAUCGCAUGAUAAAAAAAAUUUAUGCGAAGGCAUAGAAUCAAGGAUAGAUGCGACAUCGAACGUUAGCUGGAAAGAAUGGAUUUAUAACACAAUAUCUGUUUCCGUGGUGUGAGGACUUAUAUGUACAGCAAAUCUUCAGAAUGUUAGGAUGUCUGUGCUAUGGUCUAUCCCACGAUAUACGAUACAACUGCCAAAAUACGUUCUAGGUUUGGGAUAGAAGGAAGAAGCGAAAAUUUGAAAUAAUGUGCUUCUGCUACUCUCAACACGUUUUGUGAUCAUAUUUUUAUUGAAGAAAUUUGUUUGUGAUAACGAAAUGAUUUUAAUAAUAUUUUUUGUUAAGAUACUAGGUACUCAAUAAAUAUGUAUUGAGUGGCAAUGAGGAAAAAAUAUGUGAUGUGUGUAAAAAUACCUCAAAACUUCAUAUCUAAAAAUUAAAAUAAUUUUUCCAAUAUUCAUCGCAAGUGUGAAACAAAAAAACAAAAAAUUCGUGUGAAUAAAUCAGUAUUAAACAAAAAUGAUAAGCUCAAAAUGAAUCAAUUCAAUCUAUUUAUGUAUUAUUUAAUAAUUAUUUGGAUUUUGGACAAUUAGACAUGA